UAACAAACUAAGACGUCAGUGAAUUUAAAUAAAACGUUUUUUCAGACAGACUGAGCAGGACGCUGUCGGAUGAGAGGACAAAGGAGACGAAGGAGACGAUGGAGACGUUGAGCGAUAACGUCUCUUCCCACCAUCACUUCGUCCUCGGAGGCUUCAAUGACCUCGGGGCGCUGAGGCCCGUCCUCUUCCUCCCUUUCUUCGUCAUGUUGGUCGUGUCGCUGGUGGCGAACUCUCUGCUGCUGUACGUCAUCAUGUCCCAGAAGAGCCUCCACUCCCCGAUGUACCUCCUCAUCGCCGCCAUGGCGUGCGUGGACCUGGGCCUCCCGCUGUUCUUUGUCCCCAACAUGCUGCUGAACUUCCUGUUUGACUGGCGGGGGAUCUCUCUGAUUGGCUGUCUGGUCCAGAUGUUCUCCGUCCACUUCCUCGGAGCUCUUCAGUCCACUCUGCUGCUCUGCAUGGCGGUGGACCGAUACUUUGCCAUUUGCACGCCGCUCUACUACCACAAACGAACGUCUGUACCCAGGUUUCUGUGUUUUGUAAUUCCUCUCGUGGUCAGAAACGUGCUCAUGGUGUCGCUGGUCGUGAUUCUGGCGGGAAACUUGUCCUUCUGCCUCAGUAACGUGAUCGGUCACUGUUUCUGCGAGCACAUGGCGCUGGUGGAGUUGGCGUGUGGCAACACGGCCGCCAACAGCAUCGUGGGUUUGAUCUCCGUGAGUCUGAUUGCUGUGGUGGAUUUCUUCUUCAUCAUCACCUCGUACGUGGUCAUCUUCAGCUCCGUGAUGCGUUCAGGGACAUCAGGCGUUAAAGCUCUUCACACGUGUGUCACUCACAUCGUGGUCAUGGCCGUCAGCCUGACCAUCGUCCUCACGGCCUUCCUGUCGUAUCGCAUCAGGAACAGUCUCCCUGCGUCAGUUCGCAUCUUCUUGAGCAUCAUGUAUCUGCUCUUUCCGAGCUGCUUCAACCCGAUCAUCUACGGCGUCAGAACCUCGGAGAUACGACGUCACAUCGUCAACAUGCUAACACUCCGUCGCUGCGUCGCAGAUCUCAGCUAAAGUUUUUAUAUUUUAUUAAAAAUUAAAAUCAAACAUCAACUUCAUACAAUACAGAGAUGAGUUUUAUCUAAAUGAUAAAAAACAUUUCAAAUAAAUUUGUUUUUAAAUAGUUUCGUGCCAAAAACAACUAUAACGUUUACGACAAAAAACCCACAACAUGAAAUUCUCCUGUUUGUUCAU